AUGGUGACGACUACCCGAAAACGGUUGGCGUGGCUGGGAGUGGCGGCGGCUACUAUUGGGGCCUUGGUUCUCAGAACUUAUCCCCAUCUCCGUCAGGAAAUCAUCAACUGGCUCGAAGGGGUCCCCCAGCCUUCGGGGGACGAAGAUGAAGUGAAGGAUGACACCCGUCCAUCAACACCAACUCGAGAAAAAAUCACACUACUGAGUGCUACCGUGGAGAGAAUCGUUCGGGAAAAGCCCGAGCACCCGGUGUUGGCUCCCACUGCCGUGGACGUGCCGGCUUCGUCUCGACAAGUUUUGUUACGCCAGGUAAGUUUCUAUUUUCGUUGA